AUGCAAACCCUUGCUUCCCGGAAGCGGCGGCUGCCAUCUAUUCCAAUCCGUAGCAGCCGCCUGCUGCAGCAGCAACGCGAGCACCUGCAGCAGCAGCAGCAGCAACAACAACAGCAACAGCAAGUGCAGCAGCACCAGCUGCUGCAGCAGCAAAAAUGCAGCUACGUAGCAAAAGCUUGUGCUGUUGCGCUGCACGCAACUCAGGGACAGGAGCCUCCUGAAAGCAGCAGCAAAAUCGGUGGUGGCGGCGGCAGCAGCAGCAGCAGCAGCAACAGCUGCAGGAUGGGCACCAGCAGCAACAGCAAGGGCACAAGCAGCAAUAUGCCUCCUCGACUCGUUUACUCCUGCCAUUCUAGUCCAAGAAGCACCAGCACAGGUAGCAGCAGCAACAGCAGCAGCAGCAGCAGCAGAAACAGAGGCAGCAGCACAUCUGCACUGCGCCGCCUAGAUGCAGCAGCAGCGGCAGCACCAACAGCGACAGCAGCAGCAGCAGCUCGUCUGACACGCAGCAGCAGCAGCCUCACAGUACCGCCGCGCCUUCUCCGCAGCAGCAGCAGCGCCAGCAGCAAAACGAGCAGCAGCAGCACGACCACCAACAGCUUACAUUCCCUUCUGCCCAGAAAGCAGCAGCAGCAGCAGCAGCAACAGCAGCAGCAGCAUCAGCAGCAGCACUCACAGUGGUUUUCACAGAGAAGAGAAACACAGCUGCAGCGCGAGGCAGCAGGAGGGCCUUCUCAAUACCUCGCUCGUAGCAGCAGCAGCAGCGGCAGCAGCAGCAGCAGCAGCAGCGGCAGGGAGGGCACCUUUGACAGCCCUGCUCCUGCUGCUGUUACUGCUGCUGCUGCUGCUGUGCCGCCGUGUGUAGCAGCUGGUGACGUUGCAUCUGUGGCAGCAGCUGAUUCUCAAACAGAAAGAGCCGCAACAGCAGCAGCAGCAACAGCAACAGGAAUAACAGCAGCAGCAGCAGCAGCAGCAACUGCAGCAGCACCUCCCUUAGCGCCUGAGCAGCAGAAAGAUCUGUCGCAGCAGCACCGCAGUUCCGCUGGAAAUGAAGAAAGCAGCAGCAGCAGCAGCAGCAGCAGCAGCAGCGGCAACCGCAGCAGCGACAGUACCACCAGCAGUGACAACAGCAGCAGCAACAACAGCAGCAGCAACAGAACUGGCAGCAGCACCGAUAGCACAAGCAGCAGCAGCAGCAGCAGCAGCUGGCUUGAACAUCUGUGGGGUCGCCAGUGCCGAGGGUCCAGGCGCACAGUGUCGCUGCUAGCUGCUGCAGCAGCACAGCAGCAGCAGGAGCAGCAGCAGCAGUUGGAACAGCAGCAGCAGCAGCAGCAGCAGCGUCUGCCGCGACUCAGCGAGGACACAAUUGUGGCUGUUCCCUCAACGAAGCGGAGGAGCUCCGAGUUGUCCGACAUAUACGAGUCUUUUGCUGCCCAAGCAGCAGCAGCACAGGCAGCAGCAGCAGAAGCGGGAGAAGACACUGCAGGUCUCGCGUCUUUGCGUUGGCUAGAGCAGCAUCAGAAUGGCAGCAGCAGCAGCAGCAGCAGCAGCAGCAAGAGGGCCAGCGGCAGCGAGACGCAGCAGCAGCAACUGCAGCAGCUUGUCGCAGCAGCAGCAGCAGCAGCAGCAGCAGCGGCGCUCUUUCGCAGAAGCACCAUCCUUUGA